AUGGCAGCCCCUACACACUCGACCAUUGGCAUCUCACCCGAUGAUGAGAAAGGUGCGCGUAAACCGCUUUCGAAAGAUGCAGACCUGGAAAAGACGCCCGUCGAAUAUGCCACCCCGACCGACGGAACUGUUUCCGAAGUAUCGCAAGAGCCGUCGGAUCCAUUGCUCGUAACAUGGGAUGAGGCUGAAGAUCCAGCAAAUCCAUACAACUGGCCUGCUUGGAGAAAAUGGACUGUCACCCUCUUGACCUCUUGUGGAGGUUUGGUGACCUUGAUGACAGGGACGAUGAUGGCUCCUGCCCUUGGCCAGAUCUCCAGAGAUUUGCAUACCACGGAAUCCACAACGCAAAUGACUCUAUCUAUCUACGUUUUGAGCUUUGCAUUCGGUCCAAUGGUGCUUGCCCCCAUGACGGAGGUGUUUGGCAGGAAGCCAGUCUGGCUUGUCUCUGGCUGCUUUUACAUUCUCUGGAACACGGUCUGUGGCUUCUCACACAGCAAUGGUCUGAUGAUCGCCAGUCGAUUCUUUGCAGGCUUAGGUGCAAGUGCAGAGUUUGCGGUUACCAAUCCUGUGUUGAGCGACUGUUGGUUGCCCGAGCAGCGAGGGCAUUCGUUCUCCAUCUCAACCUUCAUUCCCCUCCUCGGGCCUGCGAUCGGACCCAUCCUCGGCGGCUUCAUCAGUGCCUCGGUAGGCUGGCGAUGGUUGUUCUGGGUCCUAUCGAUCUUUGAUGGUGUACUGAUGAUCUGCACUUUCAUCAUGUUUCCCGAAACCCACGCCGGCACCAUCCUCGGUCGCAAAGCCAAAGCACUCCGAGAGCAAACGGGAGAACAAUACUACACAGAGUACGAUCAAGGCAAUUUAGCACUGUCCAAGAGGCUUGCCAUUAGUCUGACACGCCCUUGCCGUCUAUUGCUCACCCAACCUAUCAUUCAAUUGAUGUCCUUGUUUCUUGCUUACAACUUCGGCAUUCUCUACAUCGUCCUCUCUACGUUCGCUACCCUAUGGACUGAGCGUUACGGCCAAUCACUCGGUGACUCCGGAUUGCACUACAUCGCUCUCGCUAUUGGCUACACAGUCGCAGCCCAGGUUGGUGCAAGGAUCACCGAUCGCGUAUGGAAACACCUCAAAGCACGUGCAAAAGGCGAGACGCAGCCAGAGUAUCGCGUGCCACUAAUGUUUCCAGGCGCCAUUAUAAUUCCGAUCGGCCUGUUCUGGUAUGGAUGGACAGCACAGAAGAAGUUGAUCUGGAUUCUUCCGGACAUCGGUAUCGCCAUAUUUGGCUGCGGUAUCAUCAUUGGCACUCAAGCAAUGCAGGCCUAUGUCAUGGAUUCUUUCCGUAAACACGUUGCCAGUGCCAGCGCAGCCAGUCAGCUAUUGCGUAGCAUCACGGGCUUCGCGUUUCCUCUGUUCGCUCCGAGUCUGUAUGACAAACUGGGUUACGGCUGGGGAAACAGUCUUUUGGCCUUUAUCUUCAUUGGCAUUGGCAUUCCUGCCCCUUUGAUCCUAUGGAAGUAUGGCGCCAGACUCAGGGCAAUGGGGAAACCCCAA